CAUCAUUGUCCAAAUGAAGUGUGCAUUAUAUGACUAUGAUCCACUAUGAAAAAUGUCACCCAAUAUUUCCAUAUAAAGACUUGCUUAACCCCUCCACUUUUUCCCUUCCACACUCCCUUAUUUAUAUGCGAUUUCAACCAAAGCCCUUUUUCAUAACUGCUUCUCCCUAGCCCCAAUUGCUUCAAAAAAAUCUCACCAAGGGAAAUUAGCCACAAUGGCAACAAUAUCUCCAAUGUGGUUCAUACUUCUUGGAAUAACUUGUUUCUGUGUGACUGAUUCUUAUGGGGCGAACAUGCCUCUAAGGACUCUUUAUGGUGGCACUCAUCAAGAAGCAUUGCUUGGACUUGAGGCAUUCAAGGCCUCUAUAACUAGGCGUGACUCCAUUGCUUCAACACCACCUUCAUUCUCACCCUCUCCUAGUCCUUCUCCUCUUCCAUCACAGGAUCUCAAGAAAUCACAUGUGUACCUUGUGACAUCUUAUGGUGCAGAUCCAACAGGCAAUUCAGACAGCACUGAAGCUCUUCUUGCAGCCAUAGCAGAUGCAGCCAAAGGUCCAAGUGUAGGGUUCUUAAUGAAGGACAUCAAAGACCUUGGAGGUGCUCAGAUUAAUCUUGAGGGUGGAAAGUACAUAAUUAGCAAACCACUGCAGUUGCCACUGGCCGGGGUUGGAAACCUCAUGAUACAUGGGGGAACUAUAAGAGCCUCAUAUAAUUUUCCACCAGAUGGGCAUCUCAUAGACUUGUCCACCUCAGGAGAAAGCAACUCCUACAAUUAUGAGUACAUAACUCUCAAGGACCUCUUGCUAGACUCAAACUUCAGGGGAGGGGGCAUUUCAGUCAAAAAAACACUUAGAAUCAACAUAGAAAAUUGUUACAUCACACAUUUCAACACCACUGGAAUUUUAGUCCAAGGUGGCCAUGAAACCUACAUAAGAAACACCUUCCUUGGCCAGCACAUCACUGCUGGAGGGGACAAACAUGAAAGGGACUUCUCAGGCACUGGAAUAAGCCUUCUGGGAAAUGACAAUGCAGUAACAGAUGUUGUGAUUUUCUCUGCUGAAAUAGGAAUAAUUGUCACUGGCCAAGCCAACACUCUUUCUGGAGUACAUUGCUACAAUAAGGCCACCGGCUUCGGUGGCAAAGGGAUUUAUUUGAAGCUUCCUGGUUUGACACAAACUAGGAUUGUGAAUUGUUACAUGGAUUACACCAAUAUUGUCGCCGAAGAUCCAGUUCAGCUCCACAUCUCUAGCAGUUUCUUCCUUGGUGAUGCUGGUAUUGUGUUAAAAUCAGUCAAUGGGAUUGUAAGUGGUCUCAAUAUUGUUGAUAACAUGUUCUCCGGCUUGAAUAAAGGGGUUGAUAUAGUCAAGUUGGACCAAUCAAAUAGUCCUUUUAAUCAAAUUGAUCAAGUUUUUGUGGCUAGAAAUGUUGUGAGGGGUAUGAACUUAAAGGCCACAACUGCAAAAAUGUCUUUGCUUGGUAAUGGAACCACAUGGACUUCUGAUUUUACCAAAGUUUUGCUUUUCCCUAACCUUAUCAAACAUGUUGUGUACUCCUUAAGUGCCAAUGGCAACACCUUCCCAAAUCAUGCUCUCAGAAACGUUUCUCAGAAUCGUGUUGUGAUCGAAACGGAUGAGGCUGUGAAUGCAAAUGUUUUUGUCACAGUGGAUCAAGGUAAUGCAAGUUGAAGAAAGUUAGAACUUAGAAGGUGGUGGCCAAAAAGUUGUUGGAUCAAGAAAUUCUGAUUGAAGAGGGAAUUGUGCAUAGCCUGGUUGCGAAUUCUCUCUUUAUUUUAUUUUUUGGAUAGCAUUAAAUUUAUGAAUGUAAGCAUAGUACAAAGAUUUCAGAUUGUAUGUUUCAAGUUAUUAAAUACAUUAUACAUUAAACUGUAAAUAAAGGGAAUAAUAUUUUAUAGGAAACAAUUCUCAUUAGUUUGGGUAAAACACUUGGACCUAGUUUGAAUAAUUUGAAAAUACUUGGAAAAUAGCUUUCAUAGUUGUGUAUAACACACAAACCAACAUCAAUGUACGAUAUCUGCAGAUAAACCU